AUGAAGAAUGUAGCACUUAUCAGGAUUAUCUUAGUUUAUCAUGCUAUAACUUGUAAUGUUUUCGCGAAUAACUAUAUUCUGCUUUCUAGUUUUGAUAAGCUAUGCAAAGAAAGGCAUGACAAAGGAUUUGUCGCUAAUUAUGUAGUGGAUGAAAUUACAAUUCGUGAACAGUUAGUGUUAUCGUGGCCUGGGGAUUUAAAUACGUCUUCGUUUUACAAUCCUUCAAGGAAUCCAAAGUUUGCAUUGUGCCCUGGACUAGUCAUUCAUCCUUCUGGUCGUUUUGUUAAAAGAUCAUUUCCAGAAGGUCAAGCUCUCUUUUGGUUAUUAAGAGCUAAUAUCCACUUUACUUGUCCUAAAAAUACUCAUUUAUCUGAAUCAUUUUAUCUUCAAUUGGAACAAUGGAUUGAAUCGUUGGAAUGGAACAAAAAACAUUGGCGACAAGAUGCUUUAAAGGAUCAAGAUGGUGAUACCAUAGAUUCAACUAGUAUCGGCGAAGAACCUGAUGAAAUCUUACUGAUCAACUGCUCAAGUUCUUACAUUGGUCAGUCUAAUCAUUGGAGUUUAUCUGGAUAUUUACGAAGAAUUCGCAUUACUUGGAAGCUGAGAAAUGAAACAGAAGUUACAGAUUUUACGGCAAUAACAAAUACAUCACUGUUGAGUACUACUUCUACCUCUUCUGUUAUCUUUUUGAAUACGAGUAUUAGUAACUCUUCAUUGUCGUCAUCAUCAUCCCAUUUAAACAAUUUCAAUAAUCAGCAUUUUCUUUCCAGAUCAGGCAUUAAAUUUCUUGUGCGUAUCUCUUCGCAUAUGAUAUUUGUAGGAAAUUUCUCUAUGGAACGCCAGAAAGCAUUAUGUGAAUUUUUCUCUGGAUUUUGGUGUCUUCAAUCUUUAUCUACUUUUAAUACUACGACAAGUAACCAUCAUCAUCAGGACAACCCAAGUAGUCUAUUAUCAUCGUCUACAUCAAUGUCGUCCUCAUCAUUAACACCAUUGACAAAUCAACAUAAUAUCUUAUCAAGUAAACAUCCUAUUUGUGUUCAAGCUACAAUGUUAUGUGAUAGUCUUCCAGAUUGUGAUUUGAGAGUACCUAUGAAUCAAGUUAAUUUAUCACAGGAUGAAGCCAAUUGUAAUAUGAUCCCAUCAAAUUAUUCACCGAAAACAUCUUCUAAAUUAUAUAAAGAUGAUCAUUGGAUAUCUAAAUUACCAUGGAUAGUUCUUGCACCAGUACCUGCUAUAUUAAUCUGUGCCCUUAUACGUAUCUGUUCACAGAAACGUCAAUUAGACCUCAUUGAAGAUAAUAAUAAUCAUUAUAAUUUUAAUAUUCAUAAUCUUAAUGAAUGUUCAACAAUGUUCUCUAAUUCUACAACUACCAUAGAUCAUUGUGAUAAAUGUAUACAGAUACAAUAUAAAAAGAAAUUACCUACUCAUUAUUUUAUAAUGAAACAAAAAUUACAUCAUUACCGUGGAAGUAUUCCAGGAAUAUUGAAUCAAAUAAAUAAAUUAUCUAGUGUUACUGAAGUUGAUGAUGAAAUUGAUCCAAGUACAGAACAACAAGGGAAUAUAUUGAAUAUGAAAGUAUUGAAUAAGAAUAAUAAUCAUGAUACUAUUAAAACAAAAUUAACAAAGGAUUCGGAUCGUUGUGAUAAUUCAUUAAAACAUUGUUAUUCUCUUCCUGAAUUAACUAUAAAGCAUGAAAAUGAUGAUGAUAAUGGAUUCAACAAUGAUUUAAUGUGUUAUAGUGUUAAUAAUGGGAUUAUUUCCAAUCGAAAUUUUCAUGCGAUUAGUACUUGUUCAAGUCGUGAAGCGAGUACCGAUGAUGAUAAUGAUGGUGAUGAUGAUGACGGGCUUAAUAUCAAUCAUAAUCUUAUGACAAAUUAUCAAUCGAUAGAAGCAUUUGACAAAAGUAAAAGUUGUGAUAGCCUACAUGAAACAAGUACAGAAAAUGUAAGAAUAAAUGGUUUAUCGAUUUCUCCUUGUUCUUCCAAUACAUCAUCAAUAGAUCUUAAUAAUGAUGGGAAUAAAAGGAAUUCUAUGAUUUUAUCUGAUUCCCCCAGUGACAAUAGUCAAUUCAUACUGAAUUUUCCCAAAACAAUAAUGUCCAAUCAAAAUUCUAAUGAUUGUUUAUUAUCAUAUUUGAAGUUGAAUAACGGCGCUCAAUAUAAUAAUGUUAUUACAAAUAAUUACAAUACGGAUAGUAAUCAAUAUCGUGAUCCAUCAAGAAAUAUUUCAUUAUCUGCCUCAACAACACCUUCGUCUACGUUAUAUUAUCAUCAUCAUCAUCGUCAUCAUCAUCAUAAAAAAUUCAACUAUUCACCAUUAGCUUAUUCUUCAAAUGACAUUGUAACAUGUUAUUCUUCAUCAUUGGCCAAUUUUUCUCCGAAUUCAUUUGAAUCACCCAGAAAACUUUCUACAGUAUCCAAAUGUAUAAAACACAUUAAUCAAUUGAUCAGUUCUUCAUUUACUCUUAUUAAUUAUUCAAAAAGUAAUCAUGUACAUAAUAUAUAUACCAUAAUAGAAAUGAAAUUGAUUUCCUAUGGAUAA